AUAACUUGUUUCUGAUUAAAGCGCGAGUUUUCGAGAAUAAUUAUCUUUUAAAAUAGGAUAUUCGGGGAGUGAAUUUUUAAAGAUUUCUGCCACUCGACGACAGAUGGCGACACCGGCGUUUCGAGGCCAUACGUAGAUGUUGGCAGGAGUUGAUGUCAGUCUGACUGCGAUGUGACCCGGGGCACUCGCAAGGCUGUGAACUCGCGACGCGCAACGUUUGGAAAGUGGGUUGAACAACAUAACACGAUUACGGAAGGCGUCAUUGGUUAUGGAAUCUCUGUAGAUUGAAACGCGUCAUUACCACCCCCGCGAAAUGCCGGUCCUGGAGAAGUGUUGGACCCCAUUUCUACGUUACUCGUGGACCAACGUGAAGUACGGCAGUUAUUAUGCAGCGACAUACAUGGUUGUAUUCCAUUUUGCAUUUUUGAUAUAUGCAUUGUAUGUUAUUUGCGAUGGGCAAACAACAUUCUUCGGACCUUAUUUUAAUCAAGAUAAAAUAGGAAGUCAAGCUGUUUCCAUCUUUACCAUUGUCUUCAGCGGUUGCCUUCUAUUAUUUACUGCUGUCUUAGCUUACGCAGUGAAGAAAGCCAACCGCUACCUGUUCAUCCCUUGGUUGAUCGGAACAGUUUUGGAGGUUUUUUUGAUAAUAGCACUGGGUGUCUGGUUUAUAGCACAAUAUUACAGCAAUAUCUAUUCCAUCUUUACAGCAAUUGUGCUUUGGUGUUUUGAUGGUCUUCACGUGGUUCUCAGCGAAACACGAAAGAUCGAACGAAAACUCGGAAUAAUUCCUCAAAAUACAAUUAACUGAACGAUAAUUGGUCGAAGAAAUAGGCAUAACUCCGCCUACUUUUACAAUCAUUGGCAAAAUUAUCGAUUUCAUUUCGCAAUUAAGGAAGACACCAAAUUCCGCAGAUCUCGAUAUAUUGUCUCUUAUGUGUGAUAUCACAAUAUCAAGUCCUCCAAGACAGCGAAGAGCCGAGGUUCCAUGAACUGUCCUGGUAGUUCAUGGAACACGGGUUCCAUGAACUACCAAGGAACUGUUUACGUCACAACCCAGAAACUAUCCCCCAACAGGAACCCAGAAGAGAAAACGUAAGAUGCCAAUGCGAGUGGAGAAUUUUCGAAACCACAGUGUAGAUGUAAACAACGCGAAAAUAUGAUAUUUUUUAUUCUUUGUUGGUGUACGUGUAUAUCGUAUGGUUGUUAAACAUAUUCAGGAAUUUUUUUUCGUGCCAAUUUUUACUUUAAAACAUUAGAAAAUAGUCAAUUUAAGUAGUUCAAAAGGUGGAUAAGAGUUCGGAGGAACCUGGACGUUGCUGCUAACGACGAAGAGAAUGCGAAAAAUAAGUAGGAUGUAUAUAUAUAUAUAAUAAGGCUAUUUAUGUUACUAAAUAUAAAUCUCUGGUAGUAAUCAAUCAAGAUGCUGCAGAAUGGCAAAGUUCCAAGAGACUAAUUCGUCUUCAUUUGCGAACCAUCUGACCAACAAAACAAGCCGAAAAGAUCGAUACAUCCACGAAUUACAUUUUCCUUUAUGACAGACAGCUGACUGUCAUUCUUUCCACUUUACCGGAUUUUUAUUUAAAGAAUAAAAAAAGGAAUAACCCCUCCGACAGAUCUGUUGAAUAUAUUUAAUUGAAUCGAAACGAAGCUGCCAUUUUUGUUUGUUUGUUUUUUUCUAUAUUUGAUACAAUUUUAUAAUCUUUCCUUACAUGUCGUUCAUGUGUAUAAGUGUAUAUCUUAUUCGUUGUAUUAAAAAUUUAAACUUAUACAAUUCGUGAAUAAACUUAUAUCAA